AGCGAGCUGCUCACGCAGCGCCAGACCGCAGAGCACCGCAUCUGAGCCAGCCUCGUGACCCACGGCCAUCCGAGCGCUCCACCUAAGAGCCGACAUCAGAGCGGCCGCGGCACAUCGGGCCCUUGAGCUGGCGGCACUCGCGCCCGUGUUCCGGUGCUCUGCAGCCCCUAUUUCGCAUGCACCGCGAACUUGCGGCACAACCGCCCGCCGUCGGUGCCGCCGCCGCGUGUGGCACGACAAGCCGAGCCCACGCACGCCGUACCUCACCUCGGCCGCUGGCUAUCGCCUCGCCUCGGCCUCGCAGCUGCAUGCUGCUUCUUCUUCGCUGGCUCCUGCACCGAAGUUCAGACCUGCGUGCUGCAGCAGAGGCAGCAGAAGCGAGCGCCAGCAAGCUGCCGCGGCACCGGCCUGGGUGCUGCGGCUGCGGCAGCGACGUGCCGUCAAGCAUGAAGGCACAGGCAGGCCGCCGCAGGCGGCAGGGUCGCGUUUUAGCGCUUCGGCACAGCCUUUUUCGCGGCUCAAGGGUGCCGCACAAACGCAGCGCUCAGCGGUGCCGAGGUGAGCGAGAGGGCACGAUUGCGGUGACAGCAGAACCGCCUCUUGAUCGCGCGCAGCUCCUCGGCCCUCAGAGGGCACGGCAGCGGCACACGGCGGCAGCGCCGAGGCUGCGGGCGGUCAGGUGAGCGGCGAUGAUCGGCGCUGCGCACCCUCGGCGCAACGUGCAGCCAUCAGCAGGAGGGCAGCGGAGCGGUCCGCAGCCGACGGCGAGGCGCAGUGCAGGGUGCACGCCGCUACGGCAGCGGAUGCGGCACUCGCUCGGGCCCGGCCGCCGUCACAGCGCAGCGCCUGCCACUCUCGCCUGCCAGCCA